AUGGGUCCGCCGGGUUUAGACCUGCUCAGUCCCGGCUGGCCCUGGACAUGGCGCAUUGCGCAGCAGAUGGACUCCAACGGACCACUGGAACAUCCAGCUCAAGAGGAGGACCCCGGACAGCAAGUGGAGAGGCUGUGGCGAGCGGUGUCCGACAAAACUCCAACCAAAAGAGACUUGGUUAUUUACAAAGUGAAGAAGGCUGAGCAUUUUGUUUUUCUCCAGUGA